AUGGCCAAGGUGGAGCCUUCCAAGUUUGAGAAGGAGCUGCUGACGAUGUCAUCAGAGGCUGAUGCUUCGAAGGCAAAGGACCAGACCUGGGGAAGACCUCCUCUGCCUGACGGGUUUGAUCCUGCUCUGAACGAUAUAUCCUUCCAACAGUUGGAUGCUGAGGAGGCCUUGACCGAUGGGUCAUCUGCUGUUAAGUUCUUUGGAGUCACAGAAGAAGGAUACUCCAUCCUCUGCACAGUGGUUGGAUUCCUCCAUUACUUCUAUGUACCGGCACCAAUCAACUUCAGAAAAGAACACCUGGAAGAGUUCAUCAAAUACCUACGUGCAAACUUCCAAGGAGUGCAUGAUGUGCAGAUGGCGAUGAAGGAGUCCAUUUGGGGCUAUAACGGUGGUGAGAAAGUGGUGUUCUUGAAGGUGAUAGCUGCAAAUGCCAAAGACGUUCCGAAGAUUAGAUCUGGCUUUGAGAAGGGCCAAGUUUCGUUCAAUGGGAUGUUCGUGUCUGGAGGUGACGGUAUAAUGACCUAUGAUAAUAUCCAGUAUCUGCUAAGAAUGAUGAUUGAUUGUAAGAUUGUCGGAAUGAGCUGGAUCACUUUACCUAAGGGCACUUAUUCCAUGGUGCCAAGUAAGGAUCGCAUUUCCACUUGCCAAUUGGAAGUGAACAUUGAUUAUAGAAAGAUGAUACCGCAUCAGCCUGAGGGGAAAUGGCUGAAGAGUGCUCCCUUACGUAUUCUCUCCUUCGAUAUUGAAUGUGCGGGAAGAAAGGGUAUAUUCCCUGAAGCAGAACACGACUCCGUCAUCCAAAUUGCAAAUGUUGUAUCGAGAUCUGGUGAAACUACACCAUUUGUUCGUAAUGUAUUCACAGUCAACACGUGUUCGCCAAUUACGGGAUCUGAGAUCUUUGAACAUGAACAUGAGUCCGAUAUGUUGCUUGCCUGGAAGAACUUCAUUGUUAGAGUUGAUCCUGAUGUCAUUAUAGGUUACAACACAACGAAUUUCGAUUUACCUUAUCUAUUGGACCGUGCAAAGGCAUUGAAUCUGAAGAACUUCCCAUACUUUGGCAGGUUGAAGUAUGUCAAGCAAGAGGCCAAGGAUUCCGUGUUCUCUUCUAAGGCUUACGGUACCAGAGAGUCGAAAGUGAUCAACAUCGAUGGAAGAAUGCAAUUGGAUCUCUUGCAAUUCAUCCAAAGAGAAUAUAAGCUCAGAUCGUACACUUUGAAUUCCGUCUCUGCUCACUUCCUGAAUGAACAGAAGGAAGAAGUUCAACAUUCGAACAUCACAGAUCUUCAAAAUGGUACAAGCGAGACAAGAAGAAGACUGGCUGUGUAUUGCUUGAAAGAUGCAUACUUACCAUUGAGACUUCUCGAGAAGUUGAUGUGUCUCGUUAAUUAUACAGAGAUGGCAAGGGUAACAGGUGUGCCAUUCUCUUUCCUAUUAACAAGAGGACAACAGAUCAAAGUUAUAUCACAACUGUAUAGAAAAUGCCUUGAAGUUGAUACUGUUAUUCCAAACCUUCAACAGAAUGGAUCUUCAGAUGUUCAAUACGAGGGUGCUACCGUUAUUGAACCGAAAAGAGGAUACUACGACGUUCCAAUCGCAACAUUGGAUUUCAGCUCGCUAUAUCCAAGUAUCAUGAUGGCACAUAACCUGUGCUACACGACACUGUUGAACAGAAACACGAUAGAAAGGUUGAGUCUCAAAAAAGAUGUUGAUUAUACACAAGCACCAUCUGGUGACUGUUUCAUCAAGUCUUCAAAGAGAAAAGGGCUGUUACCUAUUAUCUUGGAAGAGUUGUUGUCCGCAAGAAAGCAGGCCAAGAAUGACUUGAAGAAGGAGACAGAUCCAUUCAAGAAAGGUGUCCUCAAUGGUCGACAGUUGGCUCUGAAGAUCUCUGCAAAUUCCGUGUACGGUUUCACAGGUGCCACCAUUGGUAAACUACCCUGUCUAGCCAUUUCAUCAUCUGUCACGGCCUUUGGUAGGGAAAUGAUUGAGAAAACAAAGCAGGAAGUUCAAGACCAUUAUUGCAUUGCGAACGGUUUCAAGUAUGAUGCCCAAGUCAUAUACGGUGACACUGAUUCUGUGAUGGUGAAGUUUGGGUACGAUGACCUUGAGACGUGUAUGAAGAUGGGAGAAGAGGCUGCUGAUUAUGUCUCCACCAAGUUCCUGAACCCCAUCAAGUUGGAGUUCGAAAAGGUGUACUUUCCUUACCUGCUGAUUAACAAGAAGAGAUACGCAGGCUUGUAUUGGACAAAUACAAAGAAGUUUGAUAAGAUGGAUACCAAAGGUAUUGAAACUGUCAGAAGAGACAACUGUCGUCUUGUCUCCAAUGUUAUUACAAAAGUUCUGGAACUGAUUCUUGAGAGACGGGAUGUUCCAGAAGCUGAAUCCUUUGUCAAACAAACAAUUGCAGACUUACUUCAAAACAGGGUAGAUAUGCAACAGCUAGUCAUCACUAAGGCUUUGUCUAGACAGGACUAUGCUAACAAGCAGCCCCAUGUCGAACUUGCUGAAAGAAUGAGGAAAAGAGAUGCUGGUUCUGCUCCAGCAAUUGGUGAUCGUGUUGCGUAUGUUGUCAUCAAGACUGCGGGAACAAAGGCCUAUGAGAAGUCUGAAGAUCCAUUGUUUGUUUUGGAGAACAAUUUGCCAAUCGACACCAAGUACUACCUAGAGAACCAGUUGUCCAACCCUCUUACAAGAAUCUUCGAACCUAUUCUGGGAGAGAAACGUGCAAGGGAGCUCUUAACAGGAGCACAUACGCGUACAGUCACCGUCGCAGCACCCACAACAGGUGGGUUGAUGAAGUUUGUCAAAAGAGUCCAAACGUGUAAAGGAUGCAAAUCAGCUUUGCCAAAGAGCAACAAGGGUACAUUGUGCCCAAACUGUCUACCAAAGGCAGGCCAGCUCUAUAGUGAAGCUUUGGCUUCUCUCAAUGCACUGGAAAUCAAGUUCUCCCGACUAUGGACGCAGUGUCAAAGAUGUCAAGGGUCACUUCAUCAAGAUGUUCUCUGUGCAAACAAGGAUUGCCCGAUCUUCUAUAUGAGAAAGAAAGCACAGAAGGAUGUAGCCCAGCAAGCUCUAGAGCUUGAGAAAUGGAACGAUACCGAGUGGUGA